GGGAGCAAAGAGCCAGCAGGGCAAGCGGCAAGAUGGCGGCUGUCGCCGAGCAGGACUUGAUGACCAUCAGCCUGGAGCAGUUGCCCACUGACCCACUCUUACUCGUCCUAAGCUUUCUGGAUUAUAAGGACCUGAUGAGUUGCUGUUUUGUAAGUCGUAGAUUAAAUCAACUUUCAGUCCACGAUCCAUUAUGGAAGAGGCAUUGUAAGAAAUACUGGCUUCUGUCUGAUGCUGAGAAAUCUCGAAGAACUAAGAGCUGGAAAGCAAUUUUCAUAGAUCUGUAUGCUGAUUUGGGAAGAUAUAUUCAAUAUUAUGCUGCAAUUAAAAAAGCCUGGGAUGAUUUGGAAAAAUAUUUAUUGCAGCACUGUCCUCGGAUGAUUAGUUCUUUGAAAGACAGUGUUCAGGAAGAUGAUUUGGAUGCAGUGGAGGCACAGAUUGGUUGCCAAUUACCUGAUGAUUAUCGGUGUUCAUUUCGAAUCCAUAAUGGACAGAAGCUGGUUGUCCCAGGGUUGAUGGGAAGCAUGGCACUCUCCAAUCACUAUCGUUCUGAAGAUUUAUUGGACAUUGACACGGCAGCUGGGGGUUUUCAGCAGCGACUAGGACUGAAGCAAUGCCUUCCUUUAACCUUUUGCAUUCACACUGGAUUGAGUCAAUAUAUGGCUCUGGAAAGCGUGGAGGGUCGCAAUAAGUAUGAAAUCUUCUACCAAUGUCCAGAUCAAAUGGCCCGUAAUCCAUCUGCAAUUGAUAUGUUUAUCACAGGUAAUUCCUAUUUGGAGUGGUUUACUUCCUACGUUAAUAAUGUAAUAACAGGUGGCUAUCCAAUCAUCCGAGACCAGAUUUUCAGAUAUGUUCAUGAAAAAGAUUGUGUAGCCAAAACUGGAGAUAUUACUGUUUCAGUUUCCACAUCUUUCCUACCUGAACUCAGCUCUGUGCAUCCACCUCAUUACUUCUUCACUUACAGAAUCAGAAUUGAGAUGUCCAAAGAUGCACUUCCAGAGAAGGCUUGUCAAUUAGAUAGCCGGUAUUGGAGAAUAACAAAUGCCAAAGGUGAUGUGGAGGAGGUUCAGGGUCCUGGAGUAGUAGGAGAAUUUCCAAUAAUUAGUCCUGGUCGAGUCUAUGAGUAUACUAGUUGUACUACAUUUGCUACUACAUCAGGAUACAUGGAAGGAUAUUAUACAUUCCAUUGUCUAUACUACAAAGAUAGAUUUUUUAAUGUUACCAUUCCUAGGUUUCACAUGGUUUGCCCAACAUUCAAAGUAUCCAUAGCACGUAUGGAAACCAAUCACAAUGAUUGUACCAUGGAUGAGGAGGAAGACUCAACAGAUACUGAUGAAUAUGAAGAUAGACAUAGAAUUUUAGGCAUUCCGAUUCCUUCUGGGCGUUGUCCACGUCAGACCUGAUCAGACUUUCAAAAUGAUGUUUGGGGUUCUGCGGAUUGAUGGGUAUAUGUGUAUGGAUACACACACAUAUGCAUAUAUAAAUAUACAAACACAUGCGUGUAUGUCUGAAUGUAUAUAUUAAAUACUUGACUGUGGAGUAACUGAUAUGAAUGCUGAUACUGCUUCUGGCUUGUACCUGAUCAGGUAUAGAAACAAGAUUUUCCUUUAUUUUUCCUUUGUUUUGAAGAUGAGGUAAAGAUGGAAAUGCAGUAGCAUGGGAACCUUUAUUAUUUUGAAAAACUUUACAUUUGGGAGUACUUUAAAACUGUAUAUAUAAAAGUUAUUUAAAUGUUGAAUGGUGCUUGGUUUUCUUUUAUAUAUAUAUAUAAAACUGUAAUGGCAAAUAAAAUAGUAGUAAUAUGCAUGU